AUGGCGGCAUCAUCAAGCAAUGAUCGAUUGGAUGAUGCAUAUGAUGAUGCAGUAGAUGAUGCAUUUGAUGAGAAGUUGGAAGCCAUGUUCAAUUCGCUUGUCAAACAAAAUGAAGAAAAAAUGAAAAAGAAAAAAAGAGCGUACAUUGAAAGAGAGCGUGAAAAAGGCCACUUGCGGUUAUGGAAUGAUUAUUUCAGUGAUGAUGCAACUUAUCCGCCACAUAUUUUCCGACGACGAUUUAGAAUGACCAAAGAUUUGUUCAUGCGUAUUGUCAACCGACAUGCCAAUGAGGUUCCGUACUUCCAGCAAAGAAGAAAUGCCACCGGAAGAUUAGGGCUAUCUCCUCUACAAAAAUGCACGGCAGCAAUCCGUAUGAUGGCAUAUGGUACCGCAGCGGAUGCAGUUGACGAAUAUCUCCGGCUCGGUGCUAGUACGGCAUUGUUAUGCUUGGAACAUUUCACUGAGGGUAUAAUAUCCUUGUUCGGAAAUGAGUAUCUAAGAAGACCCACAGCUGAUGAUCUUCAACGGUUACUGAACAUUGGAGAGGAACGGAGCUUUCCCGGAAUGAUAGGAAACAUCGAUUGUAUGUAUUGGGAGUGGAAGAAUUGUCCAACUGCAUGGAAAGGACAAUAUACACGCGGGUCAGGAAAACCGACAAUCGUUUUAGAGGCAGUUGCAUCACAAGAUCUUUGGAUAUGGCACGCAUUUUUUGGACCUCCAGGUAGAUUAAAUGAUAUUAACGUUCUUGAUCGUUCACCAGUUUUUGAUGACAUCUUGCAUGGUCGGGCUCCAAAAGUGAGAUAUUCGGUAAACGGUAACGAGUACCGUUUGCCAUACUAUCUCACAGACGAAAUUUAUCCUAAAUGGGCAACAUUUAUACAAUCAAUUCAUCUUCCUCAAGGAGAGAAAAACAAAUUAUUCGCAACAACUCAAGAAUCCGUCCGGAAAGAUGUGGAGCGGGCUUUUGGCGUUCUUCAAGCCAGAUUUGCAAUAAUAAAAAAUCCGGCUCUUUUUUGGGAUAAAGAAAAAAUUGGCAAGAUUAUGCGGGCCUCUAUCAUAUUACACAAUAUGAUAGUAGAAAACGAACGACUUGUCUACAUUCGAUACAAUUUAGAAGACUUCCAUCAAGAUGAAGGAAGCAGAAAUUCGCCUGUUGAUAUAAGCGUAUUCUUGACAAAACGAAACGAAGUCCGUGACAACCAGAUACAUGAACGAUUAAAAGAGGAUUUAAUAGAAAAUAUUUGGAAUAAAUUUGGUUAA